GGGGAGAUCACUAAAAGAAAAAGAAUAAUUACCUUAGGUCAAAAGAACACGAAACAGAAAAGUAUGAAAAAAUUAAUUCUUUUGAGGUUAUGCAAGUUAAGUCAAGUGCUGAAUUGCUACAACAAUAUAAUAUUAAGAGAGAGAAGAUCAUGGCUGACAAUAAGAAAGCUAGGUUGCAAGCUCAAGACCCAAAAGAUCCAACAAGAAAACAACCCUUCACAAUAGUGGAAGAUGCAUUUGAAGAGCAAACUAGGGCUUCGAAGAAGAAAAAGAAGGUCCAACCAAACUCACUUUUUCAAGAAUGUGAGCAUAAUGGGAAUAAUUCAAAGGCUGCUAAAAAAAACUCCCAAAGUGGGAAUGAGACAAUGUUUCAAGUUGAAAAGAACUAAAAAACUGGGAAUAAAAAAAACUGUUGAAGAUGAUACAAUAGAUCAAGAUGAUGCAAGUUCUAAUGAGGAGGGAGAAGAUACAAGUGAGCUGAGCAUAGAAUCAAACAAAAAAGGAAUGAGUAUUGACAUGUAUUUUAAAGUGCAUGGGAUUAAUUUCGAAGACGAGGAAGAUGAGGAAAAUGAGGAAGAUGAGCAAGAUGCUGCAAAUAUUGAGGAUGGUGGAGGACAAGCUAGUAAUGAAGGCACUAAAAAGAAAACUCGUGGCAAGACCUUAUGCAAAAAACUUCAUGCCACUGAUUUUAAUGAUCGACGGGAGGUGGAGUUUUUACAAGGACAGCCUAUUGGUCCAACCAAGGAGGUCGUAGCUAACCUAGGCCAAUUUUUGGGUUCAACAGUUAGAAAUCCUUGUUUUGUGACUUUGCUAUACAUUAGUUGACAUGGUGUGCCUGAU